AUGUGGACUGUUGGCAGAGCUAAUGUUGUGAGACUAGUUCAUGGUGGUAAACCAACCAUUUCCUCAAAUUAUACAUCGAGAGCAGAAUUGUCUGCACAAAAUCACUCUCUACUGUUAAAGAACGUACAAAAGGGGGACAGUGGAGUUUACAGAGCAAGUGUUUCUGGUGACAAAGACAUCACUGUAGCUGAAUACAGCGUCACAGUUCUGGAUCCAGUGUCUGGAGUGAAGCUGACAGUGAAACUCUGCAGCUCAGACUCCACUAACGUCACAGUGAUCUGCAGCACUGAGGACUCUCUCAUCAACAACACGUUCACAUGUGACACACAAACCUGCUCUCACGAGGGAGGAGAGCGAGCAGAGAUCAUCACACCUGGUGCUUCUCUGGACGUCUACCUGGAGAACGGCUCAGUCAUCUGUAACCAUAGCAACCAGGUCAGCUCUACAAAGGACAUCCAAAAGAUUGAAGACUUUUGUAGAAAGCCUGACGAGAUAUCUGGGGUUGGUUUCUCUAUCUACAGGCUGAAGAUAUACGUGGUCUCGAUCGGUCUGGUCAUCAUGAUGUGUGCCGUCAUCAGUGUUCACGUCGUAGAGAAGCUUAAGAAGAAAAAAUAAACAACCACCUCUCCCCCAACAAUCCUCUGUGGAGAGUUUGACCACUAGUAGCACAAUGGAGCGACUUGUUAUCUUUUUUUGACUGAA